ACCCACAGGAUCACUGUGCUAUGAACCGACACGAAUGGACUUAGCUUUCCCGUCUGGGCAGCGUGGGGUCAGGUGGCGCAGGCUGGCCCUGCUGGGCGGCGGGGGUCUCCGCAGCUUGCGCCCGCCUUGGGGGGUGGCUGGCCAUGACUGGUUCGCGCCGGCUCUGCUGCCAUUGUCCCCCUCCCACCGAGGGCGGCCACGUCCUGCUCGUCUCACGGCCACACCGAGGCCACAGCAGGCGAGGCCACAGCAGGCUGGGAGGAAGGGCUCAGCACAGGACUGCAUUUCUGCCUCAGCAGCUAAGUGAAGCAUGUCGAGGGGCCAAACCCCAAGUGCAGAAGGGCCUGCACAGGGUCUGUCGAGGGUCACAGCCCUGGGCACGCGCAGGAGCCCACGCUGAACCCAGCUCUGUGUCCUCACACAAGGGCUGCACCCAGGCCUUGCGUGGGCUGUGGGUGGGGUGGGGUGUGAGGGUGUCACUGUAUAGAUGGGGCAUGGGGGGUCAGCAUUGAACAGCUGGGGGAGGGGCCCUCGCGGGUGGGGCUCUUGUCUGAGGAGGAAGUUGGGUGAGGGGACCCCGGCCAUGGUGACCUCACUUCCCUGACAACAGAGCCCAUCAGAAUUUGGAACCCAGGUAACCAGGAACCCACAUUCCAGAGACAGCCCCCAGCCCAGCUCAUUACAUUGGAGAUAGUCAAACCAAGAUGUUCACAUGCUGCCUUCCCAGAUCCGGAGGUUGCCGACGGAAGCAAAAGCGCGCCCAGCAAAUGCUGUCUCCACAAUAUGUCCUGUCAGGGCUCCGCACCGCCUCUGGCCGUUUGGUCGGAAAGACCACAAGACCACGGAUGACAUCGGGAGGAGGCUGGCGGACAGCCGUUUCAUUUCCGGGACCUGGGGCGUGACCCCACAGGGGUCCUCAGGAGCAGAUGUUCCACCACCUGAGGAGCUAGAGCUGGCUCCAACUCCAUCAGCAGCUCUGCAGGGAGGGGUGGUUCCUGCAGAGGCUUCAGCAGGAGACCAGGAGCCGGCAGGUGACCCGGCACCUGCCCACGGAGAGCCUGACGCCGACCAGGAAGGGCCUGCUGGAGAACUUGUGCCAGGAGAGCCUGCCCCUGUUCCUGCCACUGUUCCUGCCAGAGCCAGUGCCCCUGCGCCUGCCCCGAAUUGUGGCCCUGCUCCUUCCCCAGACCCGGCUCCUGCCCUGGAUCCUGACCCGUCCCUACCCCUGCCAGUGCCCCUGUCCCUGCCCCUGACCCAGAUGCUGUCUUGGUUCCU